GCUUCAGGUCUGGGGACGCCUAACCGAGAAGUUGGCGGUAGUGCGACUGCCUUCCCGGCAGACAGAAAUGGACUCAGAUAUCAAGGAAGAAAUUCCUGUGCAUGAGGAAUUCAUUUUAUGUUGUGGAGUUGAAACCCAGGUUCUAAAAUGUGGUCCCUGGACUGACCUCAUUAAUGAUCAAAGUGCCAACAGACCUAAGCUGCUUAUUUUUAUUAUUACUGGUAACCCAGGUUUUUCUGCCUUUUAUGUACCAUUUGCAAAGGCUUUGUAUUCUUCAACAAAAGGACAGUUUCCAGUUUGGGUUAUCAGCCAUGCUGGGCAUGCCAUGGCCCCCGAAGGCAAGAAGAUUCUUACAACCUCGGAUGAUCCAAAUGCUCAAGAAAUUAAGGACAUCUAUGGACUCCGUGGUCAAGUCGAACACAAAUUAGCUUUCCUGAGAACUCAUGUGCCAAAGGAAAUGAAACUUGUGGUCAUCGGCCAUUCUAUAGGCUGCUAUAUUUCCCUUCAGAUUUUGAAGCAUGGCCCUGAGCUCCCAAUCAUUCGCUGUUUUCUGCUCUUUCCAACAAUUGAGCGCAUGUCUGAGUCACCCAACGGCAAGAUCGCCACUCCACUUGUGUGCUGGUUUCGAUAUGCUCUCUAUAUUCCUGUCUACUUAUUACUCAAACCAUGGCCUGUGAAUAUCAAGUCCUUGAUGGUGAGAAUGUGCCUUCGAAUGAUGAACCUACAGAGUUCAUCUGAAUUUUCGUUACUGAAUAUGUUGGAACCAUCCUGCCUCGUUAAUGUUGCCUACCUUGCGAGCCAAGAAAUGAUGGAGGUGGUGAAGAGAGACAACGAAACCAUAAGAGAACAUUUAUCUAAGCUUACAUUUUACUAUGGUACCAAGGAUGCCUGGUGUCCAAAAGAGUACUAUGAGGACAUGAAGAGAGAUUUUCCAGAAGGAGAUAUUCGACUCUGUGAGAAAAUGAUGCCUCAUGCUUUUGUCCUCCAUUUCCACCGGGAAAUGGCCGCCAUGGUAGCUGCCUGGCUGAAGGAUGAUCUGUCCAAAGUGCAGCACUGACGCCAAGGAGCAAGCCCUGACAGCUAGCACACACAGGCAGUGCGUGUACUGCCCCUUAGUAGUACGGGGUAGACUUAGCAGACAAUCGUUUAGUUUAAUGUUUGAUAUUAGAAGAGAAAAAAGUGAGAACCUCUUGGCUCAUCCACUGUCAGCUCCCAGCUCUCCACGCUGCAGGCUGAAGUAAAUAAACACAGUUGAUGAAAUAUUCCAGAGGGUUAAUAACACAUUUUCCAAGACUCAGGGAACACUGCGAUCUAAACAAGGGCUCUUGUGUUUGCACGAGAUGCCCAGUGGCACCAUACAGUUUAUUUGGUAGGCAGGAUCCUUUAAGAGAAAAGGAAAUUUAAAUUUAGUUGGUUUUAAUUGGGUUACAAUGUAAAAUAGGCUCUUCUAGAGGAAAUUACGAAAGACCUACUACAAAAUGUAAAAGAGACCAAUGAGAGUUAAAUGUGUAGUCGCACAUUUAACAGGAGAAGGAUGCUCUCAAGUUCCAGUAGCAGGAAGAGGAGAGUGGAUGUGGGCAGUGGACCCAGGUCUCCCUUAAGGACAGAAGGGAGAUCGUCAGAAUCAGACUGGACACCAGGACAUCCUGCAUGCCCCACCUGUUCCAGACCCCCAGGUUAGCCUUUGGUCUGGCCCCCAAGGGCACAAGCCCAAGCAGAGCCAAUGGCAGGGGAAGCCCUGCUUGUCUCCUUCCCUGAGGAGUGUGACUUCCUCAUCUACCUGCGUUAGAGCAUCGAGUCCGGCAGACAUCCCUCCCAUCAGCUAAGAAGGAUGAAUAAUUAUCGAAGGGUCCUAACUACUCCUCCCUCCACAGACAGUCAGCAACCUCUGGUUCUGAGCUCCCUGCAGGCUCCUGGGAGCUGGGAUGGAGGCACCGGACUGUCCCACAUCAGCCCUGUACCUGCCACGUGCAAGUGCCCGUUCUGGUGGUUUUUAUAGUCAGACUCCAUUGAGAACGAGCAGUGAGCCAAGUACUGUAUAGGCAUUGAGGAUAGAUUGUUAGCUACAUUAUGAUUCUUUUCUUCUGAAAAUCUUCUAGGAAGUAAUUUUUGAAAGGGCAUCUUUAAAUUGCUGAAUAGAGAAUUACCAUAAAUGAGUUCUCCAUUUCUGCAUUAGCUUUGUUAGUUGGAAAGAAAUUAUUUUACUAAUGAACCAAAACAAGCUCUAAAGUGAUGUGAAUUCAACCUCCUCUGGAUGCCUUGAGGUCCAGCAAAGAAGAAGUUUGUUCCCCAGCCUAGAGUGAGCUGACAAUAUUGCUUCUUUCCCUAAAUCGACUCAAUCCUGGGACCUUAGGGGCCAAUAAAUCCCUCUGACUGCAGAGCCAGUUGAUAAUGGAAACAUUCCAUUUUCUCCCAGGGGAAAUCCCUCAUGGUGUUAUCAUUCCUUAAAGACCUAGGAUGCUGUCCUUCCUCUCAAAACCUAAAGGCCCCUGAAGAAAUAUUCAGCUCUGAUGUGCUGCCAACCCUGUGGUGAGUGGCGAAUGAGUUACAAUCCUUUAGCAUGGCUUCUGCAUCGGAGCAAAGGACUUUCAGAGGAGAGGAGCCAAGCUCCAGGCAGGGAGUACUCUUGGCCCCAGAAAGGAACUGAUAGAUGCAUAAGCCUUUGGCACAAAGCUGCAAAGUCCUUACUGGCAUCUGCGUGAGGAAUCUUCUAGAAAUCUGACGUUGGAAGCAUGGCUCUGAAGUGCCUUGCAUACAGGAGAUGCUCAAAUACCAACCUGAAGCAAGUACUGGGUAAAUGAUGCUACUGAAAUAAAGCAUAACACCCCCAGCUUUUUUUUUUUUUUUUUUAGUGUUAUUAUAUAACAUCACUGCAUAUUUCAAGUCCACAUGUAUGAAAUUAUCUCUGAUAAACCAAAGUAUACCAGAGCUUAAAAAAUGAUAAGUAAAGUGAUAAAGUAAAAGAUACGGGCUCUUAUUUCCUGUUUAUCAUCUCAGCACCAAAUGAAUUUUUGAAAUGUUUUCCCCACGCUUUAUGACCUUGCCUGGCCUGAUCUCUGUAGGUUGGGAGAGGGGGCAGGUACAAUCUUAGCAUUCUCCUGAAUUAGACUUGGGUCAAAGUCUCUCUGUUAAAUUGAAAAGUCACUUUCUCAAUGCUUUUAGAGAAGGAUGAAUCAGAUUUCAGGAGAUUGAAGUUCAUUUUAUUUUAUUAGGAAUUAAACAAAAAUGUUUCCAUACAUAUGUACGAAGUGAUAAGAUAUAUAAGCUCUGGAAGCCUUUUCAAUUGUGUGGUUUUUAGACAACUUCAUCUAAUUUCUCUGUGCUCACUGUCAUUAUUUAUAAGAUCGGAUUAAUAAUAAUAUGUACUUCAUACUGUUGGAAGAAUUCAAUGGAAUGAUAAAAUGAAAGCAUUUAGUGCAAUGCCUGACCAAGAGUAUCUUCUCAAUAAAGACUGGCUGUACUAACAA